AUGUUCUGUCUGUUGUGCGCAGCGCACACGUGUGGCUCACACGUCGACGUACACAACGACAUAUUGUCCUACCAGCCCGACCUGAAGGACACCGAACACUUGACGGCAGAUCUCGACAAGAGAAGAAUAGAGUCGCGGUUGCGGCACCACCAGAAACUACAGAAAAUAAGACAGAAGAGGGACGUCAAAAAUGUGAACCCAAAUGUGUAUGUCGAGCAAAUAUUCAGGAUGUAUGGUGAUGCCGGCACCAUGACAAUGAACCUUACUGGUUUUAAUAAAAUGUUAGAAGGCCUGGACCUUCACAAGCUGGUUGAGGGUGGUGUUCAAAAGACUGAGAGAAAGGAAUACAUUUAUGGACAGACUGGGCCCAAGGAAGAUGUUGUCAAUUGUGUAAGCAGUGCAGAGCUCAUCACAACAGUGAACACGAGGUUAAAACCUCACGAUCAUGAGCAUGAUCAUGACCUCAGCGAACACGAAGCAGACAGCCUCAUAUCUGAGGACACCUUACAGGCUAUAUGCCCCAUUUUAUUAUAUCAAAAACUAGCUAACACUUCUAUAGAAAGGCUGGGAUGUCUGAAAGAAUUGAAUCUACCUAAUAGAAGGAUAGACGAUAAAGAAGUAAAACCCUUCGAAAAUGCGUACACGAAAAAUAUGUUCGCAGUGUGGUUGUACUCUUCGUUGAGUAUCACAGCGAUCAGUGCAUGCGGCUUACUUGGUGUGGCGGUGAUUCCAAUAAUGCAUAAAACAUAUUACAACCAUAUCUUACAAUUCCUCGUGGCAUUGGCUGUCGGAACCCUAUGUGGGGAUGCACUGCUACAUUUAAUGCCACACGCAAUGAGCCCCAUGGAACAUGACCACGACCAUGAUGUAGGCGCGUUAGAAGUCAAAACGGCGCACGAUGAUGGUAUGUGGAAGGGAUUAGCUGCGAUGCUGGGCGUCGUGUUCUUCUACUUUACGGAGAAAGGUUUGACAGUUGUUGUAGAGUGGAGGAAGAGGCGUCAGAAGUUAGAAGAAGGCAAAUUACCCCCAAGAGUCCGAGUUUUGAAAGAUGAGGCCGUCGGUGGCUGUUCAGGUGGCUCUAAAUCCCCAAUUACGAAUUCCACAUCGAACAAUUUAAUGAAGAUUUUCAAGAGGGAUGAAAAGGGGGAUCCGACGACGAAGACUUGCAAGCACAAGUACUCCGAAUAUCCCUAUUGUUAUGAUGAAAUUGACACAGAUACCCAUGACGAGCAUCAUAUGAGAGAUGGUCUUCCGCCAAGCCCGAAAGCGAAUAAAAAACACAACAACUCUGUCAGCGUGGUGUCCUCCAACGCUCUGAAUCCAGAAGGAAAGGAGAACGAACCAACUGCGAAGGACUGGUUGUUGAAAGCAGAGUCUACUCCUGCUGUUGUUGAAAUGAAUAACAUCAAGCAUAAAGAGGAUGGUGCUAAGGAUUUGAAGGAUGGUGACAGCUACACAGUUAUUCUAAGGGAGCACUCGCGCGCGCACCACGGGCACUCGCACGCGCACGGGCACGUGCACGCGCCGCCCUCCUCCAUGUCGUCCGUCGCCUGGAUGGUCAUCAUGGGCGACGGCCUGCACAACUUCACCGACGGCAUGGCCAUUGGAGCGGCGUUUGCAUCGAAUAUCGCCGGUGGUUUCUCUACAGCCAUUGCGGUUCUCUGUCACGAGCUUCCUCACGAGUUGGGCGACUUCGCGGUGCUGCUGAAGGCGGGCAUGUCGGUGCGGCGCGCCGUGUGCUACAACGCGCUGUCGUCGGCGCUGUGCCUGGCCGGCAUGGUGUGCGGCGUGCUGGCCGGCCACGCGCCCUCCGCCACGCGCUGGCUGUUCGCCGCCGCCGCCGGCAUGUUCCUCUACAUCGCGCUCGGCGACAUGGUGAGUACUGCUGCCCCCGCACUAGAACCUUGUCUUACUUACUGCCUGGCCGGCAUGGUGUGCGGCGUGCUGGCCGGCCACGCGCCCUCCGCCACGCGCUGGCUGUUCGCCGCCGCCGCCGGCAUGUUCCUCUACAUCGCGCUCGGCGACAUGGUGAGUACUGCUGCCCCCGCACUAGAACCUUGUCUUACUUACUGCCUGGCCGGCAUGGUGUGCGGCGUGCUGGCCGGCCACACGCCCUCCGCCACGCGCUGGCUGUUCGCCGCCGCCGCCGGCUUGUUCCUCUACAUCGCGCUCGGCGACAUGGUGAGUACUGCUGCCCCCGCACUAGAACCUUGUCUUACUUACUGCCUGGCCGGCAUGGUGUGCGUCGUGCUGGCCGGCCACGCGCCCUCCGCCACCCGCUGGCUGUUCGCCGCCGCCGCCGGCAUGUUCCUCUACAUCGCGUUCGUCGACAUGGUCAGUACUGCUGCCGACGCACUAAGCCGUGCUGCCGGGGUGAUACAUGUGUACGGACGCUUCCGAAGCGAACAAAGCAAUUCGCUUGGGACGCUUCGGAAAGUAGAAUUGCGUUCGGAAUAA